AAGUGAAAUUUAUUGAAGGAAAAAAAAGAAAUCACAAGAUAUUCAAGCUACAAAAAUAAGUUCAAUAAAAUAUUUACCCAUUGCAAUGGAUGACGAGGAAGAAGAAAUCACAGACCCAAAAUUGCAAGUUUUUCAUAAUACAGUUAGGGAACAUAUCAUUUUCCUCCUACUACUGAUGCUACUUUAUUCCUCGUCAUAUGCAUUGAUUGUACGUUUUCGCCGAAACGACCGCGAAGAUCUAUUCUCAAAUGAUAAGGAUGAGAUACUUGUCUAUCGGAUAAGUUCAUGGUUAUGUACUUUUUCACUUGCAAUUGCUGUUGGAGCUGCCCUCCUUUUGCCCAUUUCAAUAGCUAGCAAUGAAGUUUUGCUGUUGUACCCAAAUAGCUAUUACGUUAAAUGGCUAAACAGCUCAUUAAUCCAAGGUCUCUGGAACCACGUAUUCCUAUUUUCCAAUUUAUCACUCUUCGUAUUUCUGCCAUUUGCGUAUUUAUUUUCCGAAUCGACUGGAUUCUCGGGUCACAAAAAGGGAGUCAUAGCCCGUGCCUAUGAGACAUUUACUGUCUUUAGUUUAUUGGCGACUGUGGUACUUGGAUUAACCUACGUCCUCUCAGCUGUAAUGGAUCCAGAGAAAAUUGGAUUUCUAUCACUGUUGAAUCUUGGGAGUGUUCAUUUACCAUUUUUAUACUCCUGUGUCUCAUUCCUGGGUGUGUUACUUUUACUGGUAUGCACACCAUUUGGCUUCAUUCGUCUAUUCGGCGUUGUCGGACAGGUCCUAGUGAAACCUCAUCUGCUGCGUGAUGUAAAUGAUGAAUACACCGCUUUCCAUCUAGAGGAGGCCAGUGUUAGGCGCAAACUAGCAAACAUUGAGCUACUUAAUGUAAGUGUGACUGACAUUAACGGUCGCAUUCGUAGAUUUCAUCCUAGUUUCGAGAGCAUCUAUCAGCGUAAAGCUCUCAAUGGUGAUUCUACCGAACUGGCCAAAUUAAAUGAAAGACUGAGAGAAUUAGAGUCUGAACGACAUGAAUUGGAAAAGCUUAAAAGCUCUUCAGCAUUGCAAAGGAAUUUUGUCUAUCCAUUGGCAAUGUUAUUGUUGUUGUUCUUUACCGGUAUUACCAUAUUGUUGGUGGUACAAAAUACAUUAGAAUUACUUAUUGGCAUUAAAGCAUUGCCAUUAAGUACAAGGCAAUUUACAUUGGGUAUUUCAUCACUAUCCAAACUCGGACCUAUUGGUGCUGGGUUAGAAGUAUGUUUGAUAUUCUAUUUGGGUGCAACUUCAGCUGUUGGUUUUUAUACAAUGCCAUUUAUGAAGAAUGUCCGCCCACAAAAGAGAAAAACAUCACUAUCACAAUUAAUUAUGAAUUGUGCACUAGUGUUGAUAUUAAGUUCAGCAUUACCGCUGCUUUCUAGAAUAAUAGGUAUUACAAAUUUUGAUCUACUCGGUGACUUUGGUGCCAUCGAAUGGUUGGGUAAUUUUCAAAUUGUUCUCUUAUACAAUUUGGUUUUCGGUACCACAACAGCCCUCUGCCUGGCUAAUAAAUUUACAGCAACUGUGCGACAAGAACUUUGCGCUCGGUUAGUAGAAAACUACGUUCUAUUUACCAAUUAUAUGUCAUUCAUUAACUGAUGUUUUGUCAAGCAGAGACCAACAGUAGCAGCAGCAUUUGCUGCUGCUGUUGCAAGGACUGCACGUAAAAGGCACAAGUUUUAAAUGUGUGAUUUUAUUAUUUAGUAUCUAUCUAAUCUAUACAUAAACAAAAAAAACAUUACAACAUAAAAAUCGAAGCAAACACAUUUUAAUUAAAUUAAAAAAAAAAAUAAUAAAAAUUCAUAAUAAUAUCUACAUUUAUUAAAUUAAUUGCUUAAGCUUAAUGCUAUAGAAGAAAAAAAUUGUUAAAUAAUAUUUAUAUAUAUAUAAAAAUAGACUGCCUUUUCUUAUUAUAUUUAAUUCUAACUCUUUUAUCAUACUUAAAAUGCAGCUAUUAUUAAUAAUAAUUAAUUAAUAUCCAAGCUCUAUCAUAAUUGGAACUUUUUACUACGAAUUCUUCUAAUUUGUAGCAAAGAAUUCCACUUUCGAUUGAUUUUGUGUGUUGAUUUAAAUGCAUUUUCACUGAACAUCUCCUCAAAAAGAUCUAAAUAACUUCAUUGUCGUUUUAAAAAUGCACUUACUAAUAAAAAGAACACCAUAAUAAAUUAUUAUAAAUCAUUAAUAUGUUAAGAGUUUGCAUUAAAUAUUACAUACUUAUUGUACUUAUAAAUAUUAUAUGUAUUCUGUUAUUUAUACGUACAACAUGUUCAAGAUAUCCUUAUGAAAAAAAAAAACGAAAAAUAAUAUGCUUCUAUUUUGUGCGACUGUUUUAAAUAAUUUUAUUAGUUUUAAAUCUAAAAAAAAAAAGUAUUCAUAUAAGUUUUCUUUUAUUGUUUAAUUUACAAUUAAUUUAUCUUUGACUGCUUAAUGAGUGAGUUUUACCUAAAAAAAAAACAAUUUUUUUUAUUUUAAGAAUUAAACAAAAAAAAUCACAAAAGAAAAGGAAACAAACUAAACAAAGAUUUCCUCCAAUGAUAUUACACCUAGUCGUUUAAAAUAUAAUAUUUUAUCUUCUUAAUUUUAUAAAAC